UGAGAGUGAGAUUGGAUGUUGGGUUUGGUUGUAUUCAAUCAUUUAUUCAUUUAUUCAUUUAUUCCUCUCUGUAAUUGGAGGGAGUUUUACUUGUAAGUCUUGAUAGUGGGUGGUGAAUAUUAAUGCUCAGGAAACUACAAUAUAAAACAUACAACUACGAACGAACGCGCUAUUCAAUUUCACACUUUCCCAAUUUACUUUUUAUUCCAUUGUUUACUUCAAUUUACUUUACUUUACUUUACUUCACAAACUUUCUUCUCCAUUUCCACAAUGGCUUCUCCGAAAAUAUCAACUUCGCGUCGCGUCUUGGGUGAUAUUAAUUCUAAUAUCAAUACAUUUGCCCAUGAACCCCGUCAUGCGUCCCUCGUUUCCGACACACGGGAAAUAUCAGCUGGUAAUAAAUCUUUCAAAACAAUACUUGAUAUUCAACAAGUGGUGGGAGGUUCGACAACAGAAAUCCAACAGGAGAAUCGUCGGGAAAUCACUGCAGAUUUACAGGUUGGAAGUCUUAAAGUGGGAAAAGUGCAUCAAGGGAUCUCAUCUCAAAAUUUGGAAAAUACGAGAACUGCCACAGUCGAUUCGUUGAAUUCUGGAACAUCGCUUGGUUUAUUAAAUGCUAAAUCGAUACAAUGGGCUGGUAAAAGGAGAAGCUUCGCUGCUACUGAAGAUAACCUAGAAGAUAUUGGCAUUCGAGAAAGGGAAGGACAUGGUAAGAGGAUGAGGAUAGAGCUACAGCCUCAUGAGGAAUUUGUCAAUUCUACAACUACGCAGCAGAAUCACAGCUGUUCACAAUGUAGUCGUGCAACUCUUGAGCACGGAGUAUGCACAGAGAGUUCUGGCCUACAAUUUGACGGUUGCGGCCAUGAAAACGUUGGAGAACGAUGCGUAUGUAUUGACAGUUGAUAUUUGAUAUUUGUGGGUUUUUUGCUAAUAGAUGUACCCAUAGAACUUUCAUGGAGGAAUUCGACGCUCAUCUCAAUUUGAAACCUCCUUCGCUUCUCCCACAUCUUCCUUUUCCACAGUAGAGGUAGAAGAUAUUGAUAUCACCGGCGUUAAUUCCCAAGCAUCUAAAAUUACCAUGACCGAGGAAAAUUCUUCCAAAUUCAUCACUGCCUCUACCACAAAGAAUUCUCGUACCUCAAAAUCGAAAUCCCUAUCCCGAGAAGAAAUUCGACAAGUUCGUCUUCCAUCACCUUUCCUUUAACUAUUCAAAAAACUAACCCCACUUCUUUAGAAAUCUCAAGCACUACGACUCCGUCUCUCCCUCGCCAAUUACAAAGUAAAAACAAAUCAAAUUGAUCUUCCACUUUCACGUCUACAAAUCCAUUCUACAUCACCGAACCUCCCUUCUCUAGCUCAUUUUCGCGCAAAUCCUUAUAAUGCGAAUGUGGGUAGUAGAACACCGCUUCCUGGUGCUCCCGCUAUGAAUACUAUUAGAAAGACGUUGAUUCCAGUCAUUAAUCUACAACGUCCUAGUUCCUCGAGUAGGGAUGGAAGAAUCUAUGUUCGAAAAGAUAAAGAAAGAGAAAACAUCAGAGAAGGAGAUAUGAAUGAGAAUAUCCCUUCCAUUCCUCCUUUAUCGGAAGAUAAUAGAAGAGAUUCGGCUAUUUCUUGCACUUCUUUUACUUCUAAGAGUUCUACCUUCCAUUCGGGCCCCGGACACGCACAUCCAUAUGCAUUAACCCCUUAUCUCAGAGAGGAAAAUAUAAAUGGGAGACUCGGGAACUCGAUUCAGAAUGAACUGCGAAUGAAUAGAAAAUAGGAAAUGAAGGUCGCAAGAUCUUGCGUGGGGAAAUAUGAUGAUGAUGAUGAUGAUAUGAUACGGGGAAAACUAGUUCUUGGAAGACGGAUAAUGGGAUGAUGAAUCUGGUGUUGGGUUUUGAGUAGGAGCGUAUGAAUGGGUGGAAGGGGUGAGAAGAGUAAAAGGAAGAUGGGUGAAAUGGGGGUAAAGAUGUAGGGAUCGAGGAAAGUGUGGAUGCAUUGAUUAGGUUGGUUUGGUUUGGGUUUAUCGAGGGAGCUUGGGAUUUGGGGUUUAAGCUUUAAGGUUUUAAGUUUAAGGUCUGGGGCACGCUUUGGUUUGGUUUGGGAAGGUGCUUAGAUGGCAGUAGGGUUGUUGAUAAGUACUGCAUGCAUGCAUGCAUAGUCAUGUACUCUUACCUUUUGAGUUUUAUCCCGUUUUCCUUUUUCGUUGUCGUCUUCAUCAUCGUUGUCGUUGGGCUACCUACCUAGGCUAUGCUAUACAGUAGGCUUUGUAGGUGGAUGUUGAGGCGGAUGGCAUGGGAUGAGAUGAGAUAUGUAGAUAUGUAG